AUGGAGCCAUGGCAGCGAAACAUACGCAGGAUACACCAAGUCAGCGAGGUCCUUGACCUCGACCCUCAAAAGUCCGACAUGAUCGCCGAUUUCGUCGCUCUCAUCCAGGCAAUCCGCGAAGGGCUUACGCAAAUCGACGAAGAUUCCUAUAUACCCGAUCCGCAGAUCAAUAUGCUCUUUCUGACAAAGCUCAAGGAAUGCCCUGAUUGGAGUGACUGGGCAUCUGCCAUGCUGCGAGACGGUCGGAUGUGUUCCUCCAAUCCUGCGGAGCAGGUGACCUUUCAAGAGCUGGCCCAAUUGGCCAUGGAGCAAGAGAAAGCCCGUCAGCGGCGGGGAAGGAGUGCAUGGAGUGAUGAUCAUGGUGCUGCCAAGAGGGGAAUUGCAUCGUCGUCGGAGAUGCCGGAAGAUCCUCGUGCUCUCACUCAGGAUGAGAUCAACGCAUUCGUUGUCAAACAGAUGAACAAGGAUGAGGCGCUCCGUAGUCGCAGUGGAAUUGUCCGGAGACAUGCUAAGCGGCCCAGUCAGGAGGAAAUCAACGAUUACGUGGUCGAACAGAUGCGUCGAGAACGGGAGCAGGCUACGAGGAAUCGAAGUUACAGUCAACCAAUGCAGGGCGGACCUGUUCAACGACCGGUGCAGAUGCGCUGUACCUUCUGUGGAGAUAGAAAUCACCAACUUUCAAACUGCUGGCGGAGAUGGAGAGUUGCUGUGGAAGCUCCAAAUGGGAAUUACUUGCCUAAGCGUGUGGAGUAUAGGACUGAGUUUCCGGGUCAACCACCCAUGUAUCGCACGGGAUUCACGCUCUUCUAA